ACACACAUGCAAAACCACAGAGGAAGAGUGCGCUCAGGGGAGGUAGAGGCUGAUUACAGCAGCCAGCAGACACAGGUAGUGGUGGUUGACAGUACCUAACAGAAGAAACGAAACCUGAACACAGCAUGAAGAACGAAGGCAUAGAGGGUACGGAGAGGUUCCUGAGCCCGGACCAGGGCAGAGGCCUGCGGGCAGUGAGGCACUUCGCGGUGGGAGAGCUCGUUUUCGCGUGUCCAUCUUACUCCUACGUGUUGACAGUGAAUGAGAGAGGAGCGCACUGCGAGCACUGCUUCACCAGGUAACAUUUCACCUACUCACGUUAAGCAGUGAGAGUAACUCUGCGACGCCCUAGUAGCAAUUUUACGUAGUUUAAAAUUAAAUGGUUUGCCUUUUAACUUCAACUUCACCUCUCAACCUAGCUAGAUUAGCUGGACAGUUACCUAGCUGGAGGUGUUUCGGUUAGACGAGUGACCCUGUCAAGUGGCGUCUCUCAGCCAAGUGUGUCAGUGGUUGUCGUAGUAACAACAGCUGUUGAAACAUGGACAGAGUCCCAGCGAAUGCCUCCUACUUUUAUUUUUUAUUAUACAGUUAUUAAUUUUUCAUUCGCUGUGUCGGGGACGAAACAAUAAAUCAACAAAGUGGCUUUCAAAGACGUUUUCCACAAAUUGGUAUAACUACGACAACCCCAACACGUUGGGCUGAAAGCGCCAUUUGACAUGGUCACACUUUAAUCCGUAACACCGGUGCAGGCUUAAAUGGGUCAUUGCGGUGAGGAAGCUCACCUGACUGACACUGCAGCGUUUGUUAAUAGCACUGCAGAGUCAGGAGAGCCUUAAACAAAUCUUAUUAUCAAAGUAUAAAGCAAGUUAUUUCUUCAAACUUUUAGCACACUUUCACGUAACUAUUCACUCUUAAAGAUAUCAGUUGAAGCUAGAUGAACUCUUAACCUCUUCAUUAUUUAAAAAUGGAGCUUUUCUGUAGAUGAGAGUCGUCUUUGUUGCUUUAAGACAGCCUAUGUCUAUUUAAACACCCUGCAGCCUCCACCCCACACCUCCCUCAGGCUCUUAAACGUCAGGCAGUAGAAAAGGCAGCUGCAGGAUAUCAGACUUUUUAGACUUUCGGCUUUAAAAUGACACCCACAAGUUAAAGAGAGGUACAACAUAAAUCCCAGGCAUUUAUUGAAUUUCCCCUCAGGAUCCAUAAAGCUCUUCUUAUUGGUCGGUUUAGCCCAUGCUUGCACCAGUUAUGGUGUAGGAUGUGGAGUGGUAUGAAAGGCUGGCCUACAGUGCUCAUUGAGUAUUGACAUAUGUGGGAGUGUGUGGGCAUACUAUGUGCAAACUUCUAGGAAGGUUAAACUGACACCUUGUUCAAGCUUUGGCUUGGUUGCUUACCUACUUGUCUUGUUGCAACCCGAUGCAGAUGUAACACUCUUGAGAGACAUAUUAGCAUCAAUGUGACGCCGUGUCUCUCUCUAUCACCCUCUUACUUUCAUGUCCUGCUCAAUCUGCCCCUCAGGUUUGUAGAGCAGUAAAAGGUUAAGGUGCUAAAUAUAGCAGUCCAUUUGUCCUGAGAGAGGAGGAGCCAAGAGAUGAGAAGGCCAAGAGUGUGUGUUUGGAAAUGGAAGGGUGGAUGUGUGUUUCUGUGUGCAUUUGAUAUCAUACAAUAAAAAUGAUUGGCUCUAAUGUUUUCCUACAGUUACCAGAUAGAAAAAUGACCUUUCAAUGAAUAGAUAGUGACUGAAAAUAUUUCUAGUAUUGGCUUAUAAUGUCUAUUUAAACUUUAAAUUGCUGACACAUCAUAGAUACAAAUCAACAUUUUUUGCAAUUCACUAAACAGUGUAAUGUUCAAGCUAGAAGGUGGAGCAGCUGUGUGUUGUACCAGUUGUCAGAGGGCUAAAAGAAAACAAUGAUAUCUCUCAUCUCAUUCAUUCAGUCAUGUAGCAUUACAUACAUCAAGUACCUAAAUGAAGUGGUUGUAAACUAUACCAGUUUAAAGUUUAAUCCCACUGGAACUGAGUGAGUUCUACCUGAGUAAAGGUGAAAAUUGUUGUAUUGUGUGUAAAAGUUUAUUCUGAAUCUUGCAGAUAACAUGUGGCCUCAGCACACUGAACACAGCCGUCAUGGAGUUAAAUCUCGUUUUUCUGUCUCUACAGGAGAGAAGACCUUUUUAAAUGCGGUAAAUGUAAGCAGGCGUACUACUGCAACGUCGACUGUCAGGUGAGACUGCUUUCUCUUUGUUCUUUUGCUUUUUCAUGUAGAGCUUUUAGUUUCUGGCUGAAUAUGUACCGGUAAUCCAAAAAUAUCUCUUCAUUUGGUUUCAUCUUCAUUGCUUUCAACUAGGUUGCGCCUUUUAUCUGAUUCACGUGCACUGACAUGAGCACUUUUCUUCAAGGAUACACUACAGAAUAGAAUUCAAAGAACUAUUUAUUGCUUUUUAUUAGCUGCUCCUGUGACCCUCCCCGGGUUCUUGAACCACACAUAGAGAAUCACUUGAGCAAAGCUCUGCCUGAGCAGUACACGCUGGCUGACUACUGUUGCUAUGACAAUUCAGCCUUUCCUCCUUCUCUUGGCUUCUGUCUAGUUCAACAAACAAACUCGGCACCCAGCUGUAAAAUUGAAGUUUAUAUAUGUGUGUGUGUGCAAGAGAGAAAAAACAUGCCACAAGUGCCUGGACUAAUAAUUUAUAGAUGAUCUGCUGUCUGAUAAUAAAAACAGUAUAUAAAAAUAGAUAACAUUUUAUUGUUUUCAUGUCUCCGCUCAUGUCUCUCUGGAUUAGUUUUGGGACUGUAAAGCCAUAUGUCGUGUUGCUGAAGAGGGUUUCUUCCAGGAAUAAUUCAGGAUGACUAAGUGUUGAUAUUUCUGUCUUAUUCUUUCUCUUCCUCUGUGAAUAAAUGCAGAGAGGGGAUUGGCCCAUGCAUAAGCUGGAGUGUGUAGCUAUGGUUGCCUAUGGGGAGAACUGGUGUCCAUCAGAGACUGUCAGACUGGUGGCCAGGAUCAUCAUGAAACAGGUAAAUGAAUAAAUGCGCGAGUAGAUAUCUUUUAGUAAAUGUAAUGGGUUUCUUUUUCUUCUUUUAUAACUGUCGACAAAUGUUUGAAGGAAAAAACACAUGAACACUGAGGAAAGGGUUGCAAAGGGCAAGGAAGGAGUAAGGUGUGAGAUGACAAUACAGGGUAUCUGUAUGUUAAGAGAUCUGGCUUUACUGUAAAUGCAGCAAACAAAAAAAGCACGGUAGAGAAUACCCAUAAAGUGGACCAAAAAAUUACAUUUACAUUUGUAUUUAAAUGAGUUGAAUCAAGUCUGAUAUAAAAAAAAAAACUCUUAUUUGAGAGAAAAUAUAAAGUUUAGGCAAGACAAUUUCUUUGUCAACUUUCUUGUGUGUUAGCUAAUUCUGAUUCCAGGUGUCAUGGAUGCUGUUUUAGCCGUCUCACUGAAGCUCCUGCAGAGAUAAGGGUAUCCAUUUUGAUAGUAGUCAGGGCUGUAAUGUUCCUGCCACCAUAAUUUAAAGGAAAACUCAAAAUGACUCGACUGUCCUUGAAUGCACCUGACCGAAAGGAGCCAUGAGAAUGGGAUUUACAUGUGCAAAUAUCAGAAGAUAGAGAGUUAAAUCAAAUAAGUGACAUGUCUGAUGGUAAUGUCGUUAUAUGAGCUAGAUAAUAUUUUAUGUAAUAGAGCAGUUGCUGCAGCUGCGAUGUAAUAACUCAAUCGACACGAGUUUUAUGCCUUUAUUUUUGCAUGAGAUCUAGAUGGGAGUGUAAAGAUUGUCCUGGCUUAUUCAUUUGUGGUAGUUCUGUAAGUUUGACCAUGAACAGUGAACACUGACGAUAUGAAAAUUAAUAAAUUCAUGGCAACUCCACUCGAGUGCUUUUUAACAUCAAUGUUGUUUGAACUGUGUCUCAGAGGUUGAAUCAGAGUGUUUCUCUUAUUCAGUGAUACAUUUGUUCUCGUCUGUUGAGUGUUUGAUCUUCUUAUUCGGCCAGAAGGUCAAAACCACCCAUGGCAUUCACAAAUGUAGAAACAGGAAAAUCUGGUUCCAUUUCAUUUUAUUCUGCGUGAUUUUUACAUUAUUGUGACCAAAAUAACCUCCUGUGUCUGUGCUGUUUCAUGUCGCAGAGAGUCACAACAGAGCGCACCCCCUCAGAAAGGCUGCUGCUGCUCAAAGAGUUUGAAUCACGUAAGCAGAUGUGUCUGUGUGUGGUUACAUUUGUGCACAGUUUUAGUUACAUGCAGUGCGUGCGUGUGUGUGUGUGUGUGUUUGUGCAUGUGUGUGUGUGCCUUUUGUGUUUGUGUAGUUGUAGCAGUGUGUCUAUUAAUAUCCUCAGCUGUAGCCGGCAGUCCUGGUUCUGUCUCUUUUCAUUCAUUUUAAAUGGUGCAGAGUGCUGGGACUUAAAUCCCAUGCUUCUUUGUGCUGUAAUUUCAUGUUCUCCUGUUUCCUUUUUUAACCACUGACACUAUGCUCCUAUAAACCCUCUCAGUCUCUCUCUCUCCUUUGUUUCUUUUUUUAUGAAUGUACUGAGAAGCUCUCCAGUCUUAACUGUACACAGGUCUGAUUUAUAGCAGUAGCAGUUUCUGUUUUGCUGAUUGCUGACUCCACUUUAGGACCAUAAUGUAAAUGAACUCAGUCGGUUAUGAGAACAGAGUCAAAACAGCUCCCAAGGAUCAUGAGCACACACUGUAAAAGUAAAUUAGGGUGAAAAAACAAGGAGAUGCCCUCAAACUGUUUUUCUCUGCUCCAUGUGGUAAUAUCGUUUAGUCUAAGCUGUUGUUGCAGGCUCAGAUAUGUCAUCAGAGGAUUGACACAGAAUUAACCUUCACACCUGUUUCUCAUGCACACAAAGCCAACCAGUGGCCAGCUGCUGCUUGGUGUCACCAGUGUGUGCGUGUGUGCGUGUGUGUGUGUGUGUGAGUGUGAGUGAGAGACUGAGUGACAAUGACACAUGGCUCAAUGCAUCAGCAUAUUCUGAACUUUCCUCGAACUGAGUCCUUCACUGGAAACCAUCAUGUGAUUACAGAGAAAAAAAUCUAGUAGGACCCCCCCCCCCCCCUUGUUUUUUUUUUGCAGUUUUAUUGUUCAUUUCCUAGUUUCUCUCACCUAUUUAAAGAGCUUUGUUAAUAUUUGGAUGUAAUUAUAACUGAUUAAAACUAGAGUAAAAACAACUACAUCAGUUGGUAAUGGUCAAUUCAGUCCUCUGGCCAUGGAGUGAUGAAAAACAAAGGAAGCCCAAAUAUGGACACUAAUCAGUCUGACAUGUCUGACCUUCAGGUUAUAAGAUGUUUUGCUUGUAUAGUAGACAUUUUUUAAUGCCAGGAGUCAAGGACAUGAGCACCCAGUACCAGCCAUUUAAGCAAAGCUCCAAACUAGAGUUAAUCAGAAGUGUUGCUUAUACGACUGAUAUACUGCCUUACUUGUCCCUUUUCUUUUUAAUUCUGCCUCCAGAUUUAGAUAAGAUGGACAGUGAGAAGGACGAGAUGAACCAGGCAGACAUUGCGGCGCUUCACCACUUCUACUCCAAACAUAUCAGUGACAUCCCUGACGACCAGGCUCUCACUGAGCUCUUUGCACAGGUAAAUCUCUUAAUCAUAUGUGCCUCCAAGAGACUCAGUCAAUCAUGAGGUGUUCCAGGAUCCAUUUGUUUUGUUAUCUAAACUGUCUGGAUUCACAAAUCAUCUCAGUCUCAUGGGAUCAUCAUUUUAACUGUUUUUAACUGUUUAUAAACCUGAGCACCAAGGUGUCUGUGGCUGCACAAAAACAGUGCAUCCUGUGAUUGGUUCAGCACUGAGCAUUGCAACAGACUUCAUACAAAUGAAUCAAUCAUUCAGACCACCUCGGUAGAGCAUGCUCAUCUGUAGUUGUAUUAUUGGUUUGGAAAGCAGCGAAGGUUUUGGCCACAUUCACAGACCGGUGACCGGUUUUAAAUGACAGCACAGACACAUUCACAGAAAUAUAAAACACCUCAGCCACAUCGUAUACAAAUCCAGUCUUAUUAUACUGAUAUCCUCACCUGCCCUUCACAUCACAGGGAAAUACUACAGGGUCUGUAUCACACACACCCACCCACCUGUUCUGUCUGUGUUACUUCACAGCAUUAAGCUCUGUAGUCUGAUCAGUGUGUCAGAGCUGCGGAGUGUUACAGCACAGGUGAGUACGGUGUGAUACAGUUAGAAUAAUCAUAUGACUCGGUGCUCUUUUUCAGGUGAACUGUAAUGGUUUCACUAUAGAAGAUGAGGAGCUUUCUCAUCUGGGAUCAGCUGUUUUUCCUGAGUAAGUACUCCAUGUCAACACAUAAUCAACAAGCAAAUAGUCCACCUGUUAACAAAGUUUUUAAAUAAAUAUGGGUAAAGCAGAUCCCUGUUCGUGUGUAUACUCUGUCAAUAAUGUGUACAGAUCUUAAUCCACUGUGAUCAAAGAAUGAUGGGGCACUACCUGCUGUGCACACAGAUUUUCUUGUGAAUAUUUGCUGGCAUUAUUUGCAAGCAGCAAGUAGGUAUUAGGAUCUUUGUUUAGCUAGGCAUGCGUCAUUGAGGUUGAAAAUCUCUUGUAUAAGUAUGUCCUCGUCAAGAUCAGCAGCAGCAGCGGGUUCCAAUAAAGUUGCAGACAUGCCAUCCUCACGUUCACAGUAGCUACAGUUCUGAGAGGCAAAGACAGAUUUAGAGGUAUUUCCAGUACUAGGACAUAGUGCUUCGACAAUUGUGAUUUAAUUAUGUGCCAUCUUGAGAUUUUUAACUUGGCAAAUAAUAAAGACGUAAAGCAGGAUCUUAAGAGUGUGGGAAUAGGAACUGGCAGCUGGUGUUUGGCUACUCUCUGCAUGUUUGUUUUUUCACCCAUUUCCAAUGGUUUCAAAAAAUGCUGUGAUGAGGCGGUCACUGAAUGACUGUUUGGACGUCUAUGGGGAUUUGUUGUCUAAGCAAGUGGUGCUGCUUAGCUCAUUUGAGCACUAAAAUAUUGCAUUCAGUUGUGCAUCUUUAGUGAUUUAUGGCAAAAUCAUAUAAAUCUCUCUGAUUUGGAUCUAUUGAGGCUGCAAGCAGAGGCAUUAUUCAUCUUUUUCUGUCAUAUUAAGUUUGCAGACGAGACAAAUUACUUUGCUUUGGCCCUUCAGGAUGAAAAUAAAAAUAUGAAGUAGGAAUAAUUAGGACUCCCCCUUGUGAGAACCUCAAGCAGACCUCGUCUGCAGAGCACAUACCAUCACCAACUUCAAAAAUAGAAAGAGGUCACUGGUUGUUGAACUGCAUUUUUUAAUUUGGAAGAUUCUAACAAAUGUGUCCAAACCUCAUUAUUUAUCUGCCCCCGUGAAAGCCUAGCAUGGAAAAGCUGCUUUUAUCAGGACUUCAUGGUGAAGAUUUGUCUCUGAAUUUCUGUGCUUCUCUCCUUCCUUCCAGUGUAGCACUGAUGAACCACAGCUGUAGUCCUAAUGUAAUAGUGACGUAUAAAGGCACAGUGGCUGAGGUCCGAGCUGUUAAAGAGAUAAACCCUGGAGACGAGGUUAGUGAGCACUGGAUUCAUUUAUCCCCAAAAUAUUUUUCACUGGCAACCAUUUUCAGAUCACAAACAGUCACCAAGAUGCUGAUUACAUGCUCCUUUUUUUGAAUUUCCCCCCAGGUAUCAAUAAAAUUCUCCUUCUUCUUCUUCUUCUUCUUUUUUUGACUUGAUUCCCCCCUCUCUCCCUCUGCAGAUAUUCAACAGUUACAUAGAUCUGCUCUAUCCAACAGAGGACAGGAGAGAAAGGUUGUUAGAUUCCUACUUCUUCACAUGCCAGUGUACCGAGUGCACCACCAAAUCUAAGGUAUUGAACGAUCCCCCUCUGAAGCCCAGUCUUCUGCAUCAAGCCUUUAAAAUCACACAUUCGGUCUCUAGAUUACAGGCAUGUCCAUGAUAUGAACCACAGUCUUACAGCCAGACCAAUCAGGUGAAUUUGGCAGAUGAAUGUGGAAAACAGCACGUGUUCAUAUGCAAGAUGUGCAACAAAUCUCAGAUGUUGUCAAAUGAGCUUUCUUCUUUUAGCAUUUGAGAGUGUUAUUUGUUUUACUUCAGUCUGCUACAUUCAAUGUGCCUCUGGCAUCUUCUUUCCCAAAGUGUAUUACAUGGAGAAAAAUAACUCAUCCUGAUCAAAGCUCAGUUGGUUUAACAUGCUUUAAUGUCUGAUGUGUUUGAGCAUUUCUGAUACUGUAACUGUUCCAUCCUGAACACCCUGUAUGAGAGUGUGUAGUUUUAUCCCAUUGAAAAGUGACUGUUUAUGUUUAAGCCUUGUUGAUUUUUUAAAAAAAAAUCUCUUGUGAAUCUUGUGUAUGUUAUGUAACAACAGAGCUGUUUUCUUUGUAAUGUCUUUGCACAGGACAAAGAAAAAAUGGAGAUCAGGAAGCUGAGUUCUCCGCCAGAGCCAGAGGAAAUCCGAUCCAUGGUCCACUAUGCCAAAAAUGUCAUAGAGGAGUUCAGGAGAGCCAAACACUACAAAAAUAUCCUCUUCCCCUGUUAAAGCAAUAUCCUCUCCCCCUGUUAAAGCAGAUUUUUUUCUCUGCCAUUUCUCUGUAUCUGAUCUCUCACUUUCAAACCUCCAUUUUUGUUCUCUGCAUUGUUUCCGUCCUUUUUCCUUGACUCUGUGGUACCUCCGAGUGAGCUGCUGGAGAUGUGUGAGCUCAGCCAGGAGAAGAUGGGAGCUAUAUUUGCAGACACAAACGUCUACAUGCUGCACAUGAUGUAUCAGGCCAUGGGUGUGUGUCUCUACAUGCAGGACUGGGAUGGAGCCAUGAGCUAUGGAGAGAAGAUCAUUCACCCAUACAGGUAAACAGAACAGCAGAGCGGCAGUAAUAAGCCCUCAGUAGAUUAGUUACUCAGUUGUACCACAGCCCGUCAUGUAUGAAGGAGGAGGAGUGUAAGAAUUCACGGGUAAAUGCAGCCAUCUGUGUUUACAUUUAAAGCCAUCACAGUCUCAUAGGGUUGUACUUGGAUGCUCUCUAAUGGUGAAGUGGGGAUGGAGGCAGGGUGUUGUGGUGUCCAUACUUCAUUGAAUGACUCUUUUGUGUCACACAUGAUUUUCUCCAGACUAUUUCAAUGUUUUAAGGCAAAUUUCCUCCAAGGAUGUAAAAUUUGAUUCUCUUUUAAAGAUUAUAUACUUUUUUUCAACUGUAUAUAUUCACACAAAUUUGUAAUUUGAAAUACUGACUUGUUACUCAAACUGGUUUACAUAUAUCUGAUCUCUUUCUGCUCUGUCCAGCUUCAAAUAAAUGUUAAUGUUUGCAAAACAACUGAAAGUUGAAAGCAACAUUAUUCAUUGUUGAUGUUGGGUUAAUUUUACCUCUUUUUUUUGCAUUCACCGCUUAGUUGGGUGUAUCAAUCUUUUCCAUAUCUUCUCUCUACAGUGUUCACUACCCAGCUUACUCUUUGAAUGUGGCAUCGAUGUAUCUGAAACUGGGACGCCUGUAUUUGGGGCUGGAGAAGAAGACACAAGGUGUCAAAGCUCUAAAGAAGGUAUGUGUCGAGCUGUCUGGUUGAUAAAGAUGAGGAUCAUUAGUUUUUAUGAAUAUUAAUCCCAUUACCAAGCCUCUCGGAGAGUUGGAGUCCCGAUGGAGCCCACUAUUACUGUGCUUUCUAUUAUUGGGUGGAAAGACAGGAUAUUAGACUAGUACAUUUUACCAGAGCUUUUAUUACUGACAUUUGACAGAAUUUUCUGACCCAAAGAUCGUGUAAGGCACCACAUCUUAGUUUUAUUUGAUGCUCAGUGCUGAUGUGCUCAGCCAUGAAGGUUUUGCACAAUAGAGUUAAAGAGUUGAAGGCUGCUGCAGUAGGAGUAAUAACACGUUAAAAAAUAGAGAUAUAAAUUUAGUAGUUUCUUACAGCAGAGUGUGUUUUCAAAUGAAACCCUGUUUUCUCUAUCCUCAGGCACUUGCAAUCAUGGAAGUGGCUCAUGGUAAAGAUCACCAUUAUGUAGCUGAAGUGAAACGAGAGAUCGAGGAUCAGAAGUAAAGGAGGAGCAACAGGAGGAGCAGACCGAGUUAUAUGCAGAGGCCCUGGAUUGAGGAUCCUCUCAAAGCAACAACAAAAAUAACAUCACGACUGCAUGCCAUGCAUCUUAUACCUCUCCAUUUCUUACCGCCUACAAUGUUGUUUUCCUAACCUCUUCAGGCUGUGUUUCUCUUUAUUCAUGUCCAUCAACAACCAACUAUGGAAGACUGUGUUUCUGUCUGCAGCCAGCUACAUCCCAUCAGACCUUGAGACCUGAGGAGCUGAAAAAUGUUUGGAGUGAAGCUCUCUCAACCUGGUCAGCAUCCAUACUGAAAAUCCCAAAAGGCUCACAUCAGCAUUACACAGAAAAACUUCAAAUACUGCCUUCAAAGCUGCUUUUUGGAUGAAACAAAGUUUUCAUUUGACAGCUACAAGACCUCUGUUUUUCAGACUUUGCCGUGCUAUUUCCCCUCUCACUCUGUAAUAUUUCAUUGUGUCCUAUCCGACCGUCAGCAGAUUGUGUUAAACAGUGUUUGUCUUUUGCAGCCCUGUCAGCUGCUCAGCACUGCUCCACAGCAGCUGUUUAUAGAUUUUUCUUUCAAACUUCUGUACUAACUUGUGUGUAGUUGUUACAGAGGGCAUUACUUCUUACCCACAGCUAAUGCAUUUAAACUACCAAAAAUUUAACAGCAGAUUUUCUGGCUUCAUUGGUUUUUGUUUCAACUGUGAAAAAAAGAUAACUGACCAUGGAUCGGGUACUCUGUAGCAUCGAAGAGGAGAAUGCAAACAACUAUUCCUGAAAGAAUAAGCAGUGUUUGGAUUAGCUUGUCUUACGGUUUAACUUGCCUGUUUUAAAGAAACAGAAAAACUGUUGCAUGUUUUGUUGUUUCUGUUCUAUUUGUAUUUUAUCAUGAGGCUUAUUGACCAAAAGGGCCACGGGUUAAACCAACAAGGAACCAGCUGCACUUCUCUCUAUGUCAUGUAUCUUUAUCCAAUGGGGGCUGUUCUGAGACCAGUUUAAGUCACGGUGAAGACUUUGUGCUAUGAUCCUGGAUCAGAGCCCCAUUUGCUCUCAGGAAAAAAAUGCUUAAUUGUAGCUUUUGCAGCUUUUGGUCAAGAGAUACAUUAUAAGCCCUUUUAGUGUUUGCUCAGCAGAACCAUGAACCCAGAUUAUUACUCUGCAAAAACAUCAGUUUGACAGGAGAAAAGACUCUUAACUUGCAUAUCAUCUUCAUUAGAAACCCUUGAUUUUUCAAGAUUAAUGAGUGGAACAUCCCUGAUGAAGGGACAUGCAUCUUCCUUUAAUACUCAAAAGUUCAAACCUCAUUUUAGACCGCUGGGUUUUGCAGUAUGACAUAUUACAUGGAGAUUAAAAAUAUGAUAUCUGACUAACUAAGCAUUUACUGAAAAGCAGAAAGAAAAUACUUAAAACUUUACAGGCAGUUAUAGGGAUACAGUUGGUUUUGGGUUGGAGAUAAAAUUCAGAAGUUUCCUAGAUGCCCCUAACCUCUUAGUCAUAAUAGAGAGAAGAUCUGUUACAGAACCUGUAAUUAGGUUUGUGUCCCUGCCGCGGAUUACACCAUUAAGUACAGUUAGUGAAAGAGUUUACUGUGUUGAACUUCAAAGAAAUAAAAAGUAAAUGACAGGGGGUUCAUAUUGCACUCAUAUUUUGUACAGUUUUAUGAUAAAAUGAUGUCAAAAUAGCAAACCUGUAAGCACAUGUAGUUCAUUUGUAUCAGUUGCUGUCACUGGACAGUUUCUCUGCCCUCAGACUUCGUUCAGUGCUUGGUCAGAAGAACUAACGGCCCAGGUCUAAUUCCUUUAUUUUAAUGCCUGUAGCCUCGUCUCAUUUUUUUACUAUGGAUGCAACAUAUGAACCACAUUAAACUGGGUCACUGAAGGUCAGAAAAAGCCCAUUGGUGAGAUUUGUCAGUGGUCACACUUUGUAGCAAAUCCUGCUUGACUCUAGUCCCCUGAAAACAUGCAUCUACAGGGCACCUACCUUACAGCUCUUUGUAUGUAACGAGCAACUCUGGUCCAAAUCUUUGUUUCAGUGAUUUUUUUAAACAAUUAAAAGGUGGUUUGCAUAAGCCAAAAAAAGAUCUGAACCUCUGUUUACCAGGCCAAGCUCUCCAUGUAUUUUUUCUGACUUGACUCUUCAGCAUGCAUAUGAUCUGUUUCUUUUUCUGUGAUAUCAAUAAAAAUGACAUUUGUGGCACAAGGAAUUAACUGUAAAGACCACACUCAUGCUGCACGUAAAAUACAAAACAAAAGGCCACCUUUGUGACAUUUUUCGUUCUCUUUUUGUAAUUAACUGCAAUUUUAUCAGGCAUGGACGUUACUCUUUUGGAAUGCAUAACUGAAAUCUGAGCCUCUUAACUCAAUAAAUGACAGUAUCACACUUGU